CGUGCAGGAGAACUCCAUCCACACUUGGGUAACUUGCUCUUCCCAAUUGAUCCAAAUCCUUCUCAACUCCUGCCACCAUGACUCGUUUCUUCAGCUGUGGAAGCUACUUCCCAGGCUAUCCUUGCUAUGGAACCAACUUCCAUGGGACCUUCAGAGCCACCCCCCUGAAUGUUGUCGUGCCCCUGGGCUCUCCCCUGAACUAUGGUCUUGGAUGCAAUGGCUAUAGUUCCCUGGGCUACAGCUUUGGUGGUAGCAACAUCAGCAACCUGGGCUGUGGCUAUGGUGGCAGCUUUUCCAGGCCAUGGGGCUCUGGCUCUGGCUUUGGCUACAGCACCUACUGAUGAACCAACGGCUCCAGGCAACUACCGGACUCUCAAUCAACUCUUUAUGCAUAGGACAGCCUGAAGAGCAAAGACUGCUUUCCUGCCUUCAGAUGUGCUUGGGAGAUGCAUCUUCCAUCUUCUUGCUAAUGUCUUACUGAGGUCCAGGUCUUUGAUGAUGCUGAACAAAUUACCCAGGCAUCAAAUGUUGAACUGAUACUCAUCUACAGCCAAAGAAAGCAAAAUGUAUUUCUUUAACAUACCUGAAUUUUAGCAGUAAAGCAAGAAGUUUGCCUCUUACUAUUGCUCUGCUCAUCUAGUAUUAAAUUCUGCAUCAACAUCAAUGUAUUACAAAUGCGUGUGGGUGGGAAGGGGUUUGGCUGUUAGUCUCUUAAUAAAUCUAAUUCAUUCAGCACAAA